AUGGCCAAGAGACCUAAAGACAAUAAAAAGAGCCGGAAGAUUGUGACUGGGAGUCUGCUGCAUUUCUCUGCAUUUAAGGGAGACGCUGUGAAUGAUGGCAUAGAUAUUGAACUGUGCACUGUGUCAUAUUCGUCUUUGGAUGAGGCCCUAAAACUUCUCCGUGAAUGUGGGAAAGGAACUAAAUGUCUAAAUGUGACAUUCAGUCAGCUUUCUGAAAGAUAUAGUAGAGAUACUGAGAAAUUCUGUAAUCACAUUGAUAAAUGGGAAUAUUGUGAAUCCAGGCCGUUUUGCCCAGUGCCUGUUGAGUGGAACAGUUAUACAGAGGAUUUACUGAGCGACAAUAUCAAGUUUGUACAAGAGAAGCCAAAGGCAACUCCACUGCUAAUUCCUGGAGAUAUAAGAAGUGAUGAGUUGCGACAAGCUGUUUAUUAUCUGGAGCUCAUAUAUCGAAAGGAUAAAACUAAAACGGGAGAGGAGUGGACCUUAUGGACUUUUUCUUACAAGACGUGCUCAUCCCCAUUAUACAGGAGCGCUGCAUAUCAUACUUGUAUAAGAAAUGGAGUCACAGGAAUGGCUGAGAUGUCCCUGCUGGUUGAGAGUGGGGAACAUUGAGCUGCUCAACAUCAUCUCCUCUCACAAUUCCUGCCUUGUAUCAGGUUAAGGACAUUAAUAGACUUGUUGUCAGAAGAAGCCAAACAAAUGAACAUAGACAGAAGUGAGUGGGAAGGUCGAUUCAAACUUCUCCAGAUUGUUCUUGUCCAUAUUUUGGAAUAAAAUAUUAACAAUACAAAUUCA